UACGAACUACAAUUUUUAUUUUUAUUUAAAUUUCAUAAUAUACUGCAGAGUGGAACAUUUAAAUUUUAAAUUGUUUAAUAUUUAUUAACUAUCUGUGAACUUACAAAGUAUAAAUAUUGACUUCAGCAUAGUGAACUUUCAACUUCGUUAUCAAUGCAAUUGCCAAUUAAAUCGAAUGCAAAACACUGCACCAGUUCACUGAAUAUUGAUCAAAUCGAAUACGUUUUUGCACUCGGUGCGCACUGAGUGCAAAAAGUGAGUCAAAUCGAAAACGCUAUUUUUAAGAAACAACUUAAUUGGUUUUAGAGUAUUUAUAAAUAUGAAAGGUUAUAAGAUCACUAAUUGUGCACAAGAUAUGAGAUUUGGUAUUGUCGGCAAAUCAUUAAAAGAUGUUUUUACCAAAGGAUGUCAGAAAUUAAAGUUAGACCAUUUAAAUGUGACUAUGAUGACUGUUGAUGGUACAGUGAUUGAUGAUGAAGACUAUUUUCAACAAUUACCAGCACAGACUUUAUUUAUAUUUCGAUUAAAUGGGGAAACAUUUGAAACAGGGGCUGAUUUAAUAUAUAAUGUGCUUGCCGCUGUUAAUAAUAAUACAUUAAAAACUUCAAUUAAAAUAAAAUCAUUUAUGGAUGAAAACAUUAAAGAAAAAAUAAGAAUAUUAUCUUCAGUUCUGGAUGUAGAUGAUGAUAGUAAAAAAAAAAAGAUCAGCAGUUUAAGAUUAAGAGACCCUGAUUGGUUUCAAGGUUUGGAAACUAGGGCAAAAACAAAAGAAGAAUUCAUGUUCAAACGUUGCCAAGAACGAAUUCGAAGUUAUAUGUACAAAACAAAAUCGGAUAUGAUUAAGUCAGAUUUUUACAUAAAACAUACAAAGUGCAGGAAGUACUUGGAUGAAGUAUUUAAACAAUUCAGUGAACUUUUAACAAAAAACAAACAUCAUGGAUAUUAUUUUGAUAGAUCAAAUACAAACGGUUUGUGCGACGAGAUUGGAACUUUUAAAUGUGAGGGAGCAUGGAAUCAAUCUAUUUGUUCUUAUGAACGCGGAACUGGUCAUAAAAUCAAUCCAUACCAAAGCAGAGAGAGUAGAAUUAUAUUUUCUACUUGGAACUUAGACCAUUGGGUGGAGAGAUCUCGAACUGUAAUACCAGCACUGUUUGAAGCCAGUAAAAUGGCAUCUGAGGUUCACCGUUCAAUAAAUAUGAACUAUUUCUAUGAGUUGCUCUUUACAACGGUUAAUCUUAAACUCGUACAUAUUGUAUGUCAUGACAAAGGUCAACAUGUCAGUGCUAAAUGUGAUCCAAACUUGUAUUUACAAUAUAAAAAGGUGAUUCAUAGCUUCUCGCAUGCCGAUAACUGUUUAGAAAAUGAUUUCAAUAAUUGAUCAAAUCAAAAAAAUAUCAAAAAUCUAUAAUAAUUAAUAAUUAUGUAUUGACAUACUUAUUGUGGAAUAAUGGGUUUUCGGAGACAUCUGAGAUAAAAAUUAAAUCUGGUUUUUUAAAAACUAAAUUGGCUUUUUAGGAGAUUGUUAUAAUUAAUUUUGUAAUUUUUCAUCCUAUGAUAAUAUUGUUUUUCUAAAAUGUAAUUUGUAAUAAAUGACUGAUUAGUAAUA